AGGGAGGGUCCUGGGAUUUUCCCGUGUGAGUCGAACCUACACUUGCAGGCGAUCAGGGUUCAUAUUAUUAACCUGAAGACAUGACAAUUUCUCUGACAGAACUAUGAUCAGCGCUGAUCUCUAACUAAAGACACGAAGGAAAAGGUGAAUUUUCACAUCACUUUUUUGUUUGCGGAUGCUGGAUCGAAACUCAGUGGAGGAAUUUGACAAAACAGGUUUAAUGUGAUGUUACUAACUGCUGGAGACACAAGACCACUGGCUGACUUGCGAAGCUGACGAAAAAACCUCUUCUUACUAGGAUAAAAAAGAUUCCUGAAGAUUUACCGGCGAUAUUUUGCAGCAGGUCUCUGAAAGAAUGUGAAGCUGGAGCUGUAGAGACAAGAAAGGUGUUCUUGCCACAGGAACCUGUACUACAGGAAAUCUUCAAGGUCACUGCUCCAAAGUGGACCUGCCUGCAAUGGUCAACCCUGCCCCAAGUGAAGGGAUAUUCCAUGUUCUGGCUCAGCCUUCCGUUAUCACACAGCCUGCACUGUCAUUUGACUGUUGAUUGUGUGAUAAUAUCAACACUUACUUUUUCCACACCUCUUGUCACUGCAAAAAUGGUGAGGGAGUCAAAGCCCCUGACUCUUUACAGUCACUGCUUUCUCUCUGUGCUGAUGCUAAAGAGCUGCUGGCUGCAAGGUUCCACCUCCCAGAAGCCUGCUGUGUUAGCAGACUCCCAGCAGGGCUCACAGGAGUAUACCCAUUCAAUCCGCCUGGAUGGUGACAUCAUUCUGGGUGGGUUGUUCCCUGUGCAUUCCCGUGGUGAGAGGGGGAUGCCAUGUGGUGAAUUGAAGAAGGAGAAAGGCAUCCAUCGACUGGAGGCCAUGCUAUUUGCCAUCGACCUCAUCAACAAAGACCCAGACCUGCUGCCCAAUGUGACACUUGGGGCACGAAUCUUGGACACAUGUUCACGUGACACCUAUGCCCUGGAGCAGUCCCUUACUUUUGUCCAGGCACUAAUUGAGAGGGAUGGCUCUGAUGUUCGCUGCGCUAAUGGUGAUCCUCCCAUCUUUGCGAAGCCAGAUAAAGUUGUGGGAGUCAUUGGCGCAUCGGCCAGCUCUGUAUCGAUCAUGGUGGCGAACAUCCUGCGACUGUUCAAGAUUCCUCAGAUCAGCUAUGCGUCGACAGCUCCAGAGCUCAGUGACAACACACGCUAUGACUUCUUCUCCCGUGUGGUUCCUCCCGACUCCUAUCAGGCUCAGGCCAUGCUAGACAUUGUGACAGCGAUGGGCUGGAACUAUGUGUCCACCCUUGCCUCAGAGGGAAACUACGGCGAGAGCGGCGUUGAUGCUUUUGUCCAGAUCUCCAGAGAGUUGGGAGGGGUGUGCAUUGCUCAAUCUCUGAAAAUUCCUCGUGAGCCAAGACCUGGAGAGUUUGAUAAGAUAAUCCUCCGUUUAGUGGAGACACCCAAUGCCCGCGCUGUCAUCAUGUUCGCCAAUGAAGACGACAUUCGGAGAAUCCUGGAUGCAGCAAAAAGCAACAAUCUGACAGGUCACUUCCUGUGGGUGGGAUCCGACAGCUGGGGGUCCAAAAUCUCUCCGGUAGUCCAGCAGGAGCGGGUAGCCGAAGGCGCCAUCACCAUCCUUCCUAAGAGGGCAUCUGUGGAUGCAUUUGACCGUUACUUCAAGAGUCGCUCUUUGUCCAAUAACCGCAGGAACAUAUGGUUUGCUGAGUUCUGGGAGGAAAACUUUGGCUGUAAACUGGGCAUGCAUGGCAAGAGACCUGGCAGUCCCAAGAAAUGUACAGGGUUGGAGAAAGUUGGCCGUGACUCCAUCUAUGAACAAGAGGGGAAAGUGCAGUUUGUGAUGGACGCCGUCUACGCGAUGGCUCAUUCUCUGCACCACAUGCACCGUGAGCUCUGCCCAGGGUACCUUGGCCUGUGCCCUCGUAUGACCAACAUUGAUGGAAAAGAGCUGCUGACCCAUAUCCACGCCGUCAACUUCAAUGGAAGUGCAGGGACUCCAGUCAUCUUUAAUGAGAAUGGGGAUGCUCCCGGACGCUAUGACAUCUUCCAAUAUCAGAUCAACAACAGGUCGGUGGCAGAGUACAAGGUCAUCGGGCACUGGACCAAUCAGUUGCAUCUAAAUAUGGAGGCCUUACAGUGGACAACUGGGGACUUGUCCCUUCCGGGUUCAGUAUGCAGCCUGCCCUGCCGCACUGGUGAGAGGAAGAAAGUAGUAAAGGGUGUGCCGUGUUGCUGGCAUUGUGAGCGCUGCGAGGGAUACCACUUCCAGGCCAGUGAGUUCACCUGUGAGCUCUGUUCCUACGAGAAGAGGCCCAACCAAAACCGUACUGGCUGCCAACCAAUCCCCAUCAUCAAGCUAGAAUGGCACUCGCCCUGGGCAGUGGUGCCUGUCUUCAUCUCUGUCCUAGGCAUUAUCGCUACAACCUUUAUCAUCGUAACCUUUAUUCGCUACAAUGACACACCCAUUGUGCGUGCCUCAGGUCGGGAAGUGAGCUAUGUCCUGCUGACAGGUAUUUUCCUGUGUUAUAUCAUCACCUUCCCCAUGAUUGCUGCUCCUGAUAUUGUCGUCUGCUCCUUCCGCCGCAUUUUCCUGGGCCUUGGAAUGUGCUUCAGUUAUGCUGCGCUGCUCACCAAGACUAACCGUAUCCAUCGCAUCUUUGAACAGGGAAAGAAGGCAGUGACAGCACCACGCUUCAUCUCACCAGCCUCGCAGCUAGUUAUCACUUUCUCACUCAUCUCAGUUCAGCUGUUGGGUGUCCUCCUGUGGUUUGCCACUGACCCACCACAUACCUUUGUGGACUACGGGGAGCAGCGCACACAGGAUCCUGAGAAUGCACGGGGUGUCCUGAAGUGUGACAUUUCUGACCUAUCACUUAUCUGCUCCUUGGGAUAUAGCAUUCUCUUGAUGGUCACAUGCACUGUUUAUGCUAUCAAGACCCGAAGUGUACCAGAGACCUUCAAUGAAGCCAAACCCAUUGGAUUUACAAUGUACACCACCUGUAUUAUCUGGCUUGCCUUCAUCCCUAUCUUCUUUGGCACAGCACAGUCAGCAGAGCGGAUGUACAUCCAGACGGCGACACUGACGGUGUCUCUGAGCCUCAGUGCUUCUGUCUCUCUGGGCAUGCUCUAUAUGCCAAAGGUGUACAUCAUCAUCUUCCACCCCGAGCGGAACGUCCCCAAACGUAAACGCAGCUUCAAGGCCAUCGUCACCGCUGCCACUGUGACCAGCAAGCUGUCACACCUGGCAGCUGAGCGGCCCAACGGCGAAGUGAAGACAGAGCUUUGUGAGGGUAUGGAAGCUAGUGUGCCACCUCCAAAAACGACCUAUGUGAGCUACACCAACCAUGCGAUGUGAAGAUAUAACAACUUUGGCACAAAGACCUUUUGGGACAUUUAAUAUGCACAUUUUUGUCAGAUUUUGAGGAAAGGACACCACCACAGGCUAUGACGGAAACAAGGUACUCUGAACAAUUUCAAGAUCAGAGGGAGUCUGUGGAGUUUUUUGUGUUUGUUUGUUUUUUUUCUGUUUACAGACAGCAGGGAACAGACCUCAGCGGAGCAAAAAGCCUAAAAAUAAAGUAAAAUCCAUCUGAAAAACAUUAAGGAAACAAGAAGAUGGUAACUGGAGACUCAAGCAAGAUUUUUGUUUAAAUACAUUUUUUAAAAAUCUUCUGAAAGAAAUUGUGGGGACCAACUGUGUUUGUUGUUAUUCUAAUUGUAUGUUGACAACAAAAACAACUUAAUAGUGGUUGUGAAAAUUCUGAUUUUGUCUGAUGUUGUGUGUCCAUUGACGUGCAUUUUUAGAUGAUACUGUCACUGUUUUUGACUAACUGGUUGGCAGGUUUUGGUUGUGAUAUGAUUAAAUGCCAUGGUUUAACUAACGCAUGCACUUUUUAUACAAAGGCUCUAUUUAUAAUAAAAGAAUGUUUCUCAAGUUGUAGCCAUUGUUUGUUCUAU